ACUUCGUUCGACCUCGGGGGUAGUCAGUUUGGUUCGAAACGCGCCAGUGGUUGUCGUAAUCGGGUUUUGUUCUAGUGCCGAGAAUUUUGUUGUAAAAUCGCCAUCGUACGUGUGUUUAUGACUGUAUCCGCUAUCCUAUCCGCGGUAGAACGUGAAACGAUAAAGCGCCAUUCAGGCCAAAAUGUUUUGUUUGAUAUAAAACGAACCUCUGUUGCUCAUGCUUUUUAUUAUAUUUAAUCAAAUACGUUAAAACAAAGCCGACGAAGCGUACCGAAAAUGUACAUCACGCUCCUCGCCACGACGGUAUUAUGAUGAUAUUGCGAGAAAAAGGAUCGCCGAGGCCGCCAUCAAGUUCAAAGCCACUUCUGCUGAGUUCCGCUACGCCGCGGCGGCUGUUAAUGAUGUGAUAAAGUGGCAGAAGGGUACGUAAGUGGGAAACGAAAACAACAACACCAAUAGCAGCAGAAGGAGGCUGCGAGGAGGCAGAAUAUGCUCCGGUUGAAUCCGGGGUGGAGAAAAUAAAGUGGAAAAAUAAUAACAUCACGAUGGAAAAGAGUGGAAUCAGUGCGCAACUUUGUGUGGAAGAAUGAAAAUAUAGAAUGAAAAAGUUAUGAUGCUGGAAAGGGAGGAUGAAAAGUGAAAAGUUUUGCGGGAGAAAACACAAGAUCAACAUAUGUUUGGUGGUUUUGAAUCAUAUUUACCGUCGGAACCGAUGUCUGUGGGGCAAAGUUCAUUGAGCAAAUUCAACUGGAAUCACCAAAUUAUCGGAGGUAAUUGUGAAGGUUUGCGUCCGUAAUAACACCCCUUUCCUCCAUUCUCCGGAACCGUUUAAAAUCACAAAGAGAAUAAUUGAAUGCAACGGCCACAGAAGGUGAACCUAAGAGAAACGAAACGAAUACAAAGGAAUGAAUGCAUAAAUGAGUGAAUGAAUUACUUCUCUUGUGAACCAACGAAAGCGCAUAUGCGUUGGCCAGAGCCAGUGGAAUUCAUUAAAAGAAGCAAUAUCAGUGUGGUGUGACAAAGCAACUCCCAAAUGAUCCCCUCUCCCAAAACGAAACGAGAGGGAAAAUUACUCCGCUAAUUUAUUAUCGCCACUUUCGAUGGGCGCCAGCAGACGUCAAUGAGGGAACGCUCCAUCAGCAGCAGCAGUAGCAGCAACAACAAAUCGAGCAGAACACGGAAUAUGCCAAGUAGGACCGUCUAACUAGGAUCGCGUCUCGGCCCCUCCCGAGCACUACCCGCGAAAAAAUGAGCUAUCGCCGCUUCGAAAGCACUCUGGCCGCCAGUCCCGCGGGGUCGCAUGCGACACCUCUCCGCCACAAGGCCUACCCGGUGCUGCAGGACAGCAGCAGCAGUGCCGUUGCUUCAUCACCGCUGGCUGCUGACGAUAGUGGCGGGAUUCAACCGCAGGAAUUUCGCCGCGGCAAUUCGAUGCGGAGCUCGUUUACCUCGCUGCGGGGUUUGAAAACACGCCUCAAACAUCCCACCGCGACCACAAAGUACAGCCCACUCUCGUCACCCAGACAGCCACAACAACAACAGCAGCAGCCGCAGCAUUAUACGCUGACCACAACGGCUGCCGCAGCGGCCAAAGCAAACGUUCGGGUCAAGCUGCUGAAACUGAAGGAAACCUACGCCGAGUUCAAGCGGCUGCAAUCAUCAUCUAGUCACACAACCAAAAACGCCACCAAUUGCGAUAGGUGCAGCGCUAACUUUAAGGUGCCCGAUAAUAUGCCCCCGAAGGCGGCGGCCGUUCUGCUCGAACCGGGAACCACCCCGCACCGGAUUCACCGAAGUCAAUCGUUGAGGCUGUCGAGCGGGCCCCGGUAUGCGGUAACAAUCGGAGGCCGACUGACCGAGAGGUUUGAGAAAGCGACCACCAAAGAGGGUAGCCGUCUAACGGUGCGAAAAACGAGUGCCAAAGUGAAAAAAGACCAGCGGGAGAUGGAGCCACGGGAGGAGGAAGCAACACCACCCAAUUUGACGGUCAUCCGAACGGCGACCAUCCGGAAGAGCUCCGUAUGGGCGAACAGCAGUAGCAGUAAAAUCAGUCUCCCCGAGCUGGUGAGCCGCUCGCUGUCCAACGUCGAAUUUCCGGGCUGCAGCAGCAUCAGCAUCUGUUCCACCCCGACGAACCGCCACCCAGAUAGUCGUCAGCGAACGUCAAAAGACGCGAGAACCACCCGAAGCGAUUCUCCAGUGCCGGACAUCGCAGCAGCGAUCGUCGAGGCACCCUCGCCGACGAGUUCGGUUCGAACCGAACCCGGUGUCGGCACCACACCGGCGGUGGUCACCUACGAGGAUGAACGACUUCGCCAGCUGAGUCGUAUGACCAGCGCCAGCUCACCAAACCUUAAUCAAGUCCCACCGAGGAGCAAGAUGGACUACCUGCUGCCCCAUCAGCAGCAUCCCGCGGGCACGCAACCCCCGCUGCCACCCACCAAGCGGCAAAUCUCACCGAAGAUCGUCAAGAAAAUACGCCAUCUCUCGACGAGCUCGGCUGACGGUGGCACCGUAAUCGAAAGCGAUCUCAUCCUAACCCACCGAGGCAGUCUGGUGGAGACCAAAAAUUUCACCAACGGCAGCAGCAGCAUCGAUGUACUCGCGUCCAACGCCAAGUCUAUCAAUGGAACCGGCGAGGGGGGCACGACGGUGGCGCCGUCACAAAACCACCACCACCAUCAUCCCUACUGGAAACACAAAAUCAUUAAAAAGCAAAACAAGAUGGCCCAGGCCCAGAUAGAUAAAUUGACGCAAAUUAAUAUUCAUCUGCAUGCCCUCUUCGCAGCGGUCGAGCAUGGCCACCUGGAGAAGGCUCGCACGAUCCUCGAGAGCACCGAUGUGGACGUCAACAGUCUGAACAGCGACGGACUCUCGCCACUCGAUGUCGCCGUUCUGAGCAAUAACCGCCCGAUGACGAAGAUGCUGCUGCAGCAAGGCGCCAUCGAGAAUGCCCACACCAUUCAAGCGGCCAGUAACAAUGUGGGGCUCCACCUGAACAACCUUCUGUGCGAAGCGGAGGCCACCAUCCACGAGCUGGGGAACUAUGAAUCGACCCAGCAGAGUCACCAACACCAAAGCAGUGGCGGCACGGGCGGAAGCAGUGGGAAGACGACCUUCUCCAAUAUUAUCGCUCUGAAUUAUAUGGUGGUGAAUAUACAAAGUUGUGGAAGUGGCGGCCCCUCGGUAACCGGUUGCACAGGCAGCGAAAUCGACAAGCAGAUAGGUCUGUGGGAACGCCGCCUGAAGGGUCUCCGGCGGAUGAUACUGGGCUGGGACCAAACAAAGCCACCCGAUCUGCCCAGCCGGAUAGAUAUCGACGUAACUGGGUGCACCUCGGUUAGCCUAAGGCUUUACGAGCCCCUAGAAGGUGCCAUAUCAGCCAAAUUUAAAGUACAAUGGUCCUCCCGAUCGGACUUCAGCAACGUGGUCGGCGAGCGGGAGAUCAUCGCGUGGACUAGCUUCCAUGGGUGCAUGGGUGCGUUGUGCAAUCUCAACGAACUGAUCCAGGGCCGGAGGUACUUCUUCCGGGCCUGUGCCGGUAAUAUCAAGGGCUGGGGCCCAUACAAACUAUCGACACCGAAUUGUAUAGUGCCAUCCAGCUGGCGCGAUAUCGAGAAUCGCGAGAAUCGCUUCGCCGGCAAGCAGCGCAAUCUGGACGAUCUGUUCAAUGCGGUCCGUCUAGCGCGACCGGACGAUGCCUCCGAAAUUGCACUGGACGCAUCUGCACCGAUAAAACGAGCCAUCAAGAAGAAGACCACCAUCAAACAGCUUUUUUCGGCGGCGUCGAAGUUCCAGAAGAAUCUCAAACGAGGGAUUUACCUAGCUUGCGUGUUGUACCACGAAGAUAAGCUCCUGCUAACCAACGAGGAUUUUGUGCCGGUGAUAGAGAUUGACGAGACCUUCACCAGCAACCUGCACAACGAUUUCUACUGGCUGAUGAAGGUCGCCUGCACCUGGGAUGACGUGAAGCUGCUACGAGUGGACAUGGAACGGAACGCCUCUUCGGCGAUUCAUUUUCGCACCAAGCUGCUGUCCGCAGCCUGCCAGAUGCAGUCGGCUCUCUCCAUCACGGAUUUAGGUCAAUUAUACUACAAGCCACUGCGCGACAUGCACGGAACGGUGGUGCUAUCCUGUGUUAAUUGUAUAAAGAGUCCCAAAAGUAUAUCGGUACUAAACUCGCGCUGGAUCCCACUGAACAAGAUCCACAAGAAGCUAGCCCUGUCCACCGAGGAGAGCGGCAUCAACGAGCUGCUGAUGAGCUCGAUUCAGGACCAAAUCAACUACCACCAGGUGUCCAACAUCCGGCUGCCCCGCGGACUCUAUGUGGGCUAUCUCAAGAUGCAAAGCUCGGUGGAUGUGAUCCAGGUGGUGGUUCCCGUGAAGGCGCCCAACGUCCUGCCCCACUGCAAGAUUCGAGACAAUCCCCACGUAUCGGCCGACGAAUGGGAGCUAAUUAAACAGCACAAAACAUCGAGCAUUCUCGAGUUCCGGCCGAAGAACCAGGGUCCCACCGAAGUGCAGCUGCACUUCCUCGAAAUACUCACCAAGGCGGUGCACAAUCUGUUCCAGUACAUGGACAUCCCGAUCGACGUGGCGGUGGCCCAUCGGCUGUACGACGUCGAGGUGAUCGAGCUGAACAACGACGUCAGCUUUCUGAUCGUUUGUCCACCGGCGGAGAGCAGCUGCGCAGUGCCCGGCCAGAAGGACGUCCUGUUGCAGCGGGGAGAUCUGUUCUCAAUGCCCAUCCAGGCGUUCGAGAUGAUCCAUCUGAAAACGUACCAAGGCAGUAUUGUGCAGAAGUAUUCGCGACUGUCCUGUAUCCUAGAGCUGGAUACAAUGAUGGCGAAUCAUCUGCACCGGGAAGCAUUCAGUUCAUCGGAGCUGCAGAAGGCGAAGGAUCGCUUGACGAAGCUGCAGGAUCUGUCGAGCGGGUUGAACACAAUCUGGAAGGGAGUGCGCUGGCUCAUGGAUGUUAUAGGGUACGCUAGGGAUCGAGCAAACAUGCCGGAGUUGAACAUGAGGCAAAUUUUGGACUACAAAAGUACGUACUUCGGUAAGAAAGGUGCGGCGGAUAAGAAGGGAGCAACAGAAGCAAAGCUUCUGCAGCCACCAGGAAAUAUUCCAAUCUUUCACAAAAGCAGUCCGGGUCGAGGCUCAUGGCCGGGUCCGGCAAUAGAAAAUUCCCUAGGUCAGAACGGCCUGCUGGAUGCAGAACAUUCCAAAUCCGAGCAGCUGCUGAAGUACAAUAGUCAAAGAUUUUUGAACGCGAGCAAUGUCAAUUCAAGGAAAAAUAGCGCUGAUUCAGCGUAUUCCAAUUCGACCAACAGUUAUUACUCCGUGACGAAUGUGGAACCGGAGAAGGAGUUUGUCACUCCUAGACUUCCACCGUCCAGAUCGGAGGACACUCUGAUAGUCGAUUACAAGAGGGCUUCCGAGCAAGCCAGCGGGGGCAAGAAGCGUCCUCCGACGAUGUAUUCCAGCUAUUCGGCAACAUCCAGUCCCCUUCUGAGCGUUCGUACGCCCUUCGUAUCAACAAUUUCCACCGCUACUAAGAGCACGACCAGUGAGGACUCCGAAAAUCAAACCACGAAUACUUCCCCACUGAAGGUCAUCAGCAAAAAGUCCCGCGAGCAAGCGUUGAAAACGCUCAACAAAAAUGAACCCGAGUAUGAGCCAAUAGUGACGACCUACUUGAAACCAACGCUAACCGCAUUGCAGAACGAAGCUAAGGGAUAUCAAACCUCCCUCCACAUAGCGGAAGAAACACCAAACCCCCUUCCUCCGGACGUGGUCGAUCAUCACAGGGCAACAGGCGAAGCUCCCGUACCAGAUCUCGCUCAAUCGCCCCAACGCCGUCCAUCGCAGUCGCAAUCUCCCGAGUCGGGCAGUCAGUCCACCAGCCAACCGGAAGCCCUCUCACCCCUCACCACCAGCAUCGUCCAGGUGUACGCCGCCUACGAGACGGGUCUCCCCAGUGGGACCUCUCUCAAGCUUCGGGUCACCAAUCGAACCACGGCCCGUGAAGUGAUCGAUUUGGUUGUGAAGCAGCUCAACAUGGCGGUGGUUCUCAAGGGCAAAGAGGGUCCCAUCUAUGCCGCCGAUAAGCUGGCCAACUUUUGCCUGGUGGCCGUCAUUGGGGCUAGGGAACGCUGCCUGCGGGAUGACUUCCGUCCACUGCAGCUGCAGAAUCCGUGGAAAAAGGGCCGCCUGUAUGUGCGCCAAAAGCAGGAUCUCCUGGCGGCGAUUGAGCACUCCAAUCGUGACACGGCCGAUAUCUAGUGAUAAUGUGUGUGUAUGUGUGCGCGUUUUGUGUGUCCUACUACUGCUGUUACUACUAAAUGCUACUUCCUGUAAAAUAGUGUCUGUUUUUCCCCUCUCGAGUAUUUGUGUACUCUAUCCGGUAGGUAAGGUUGAACAAAUGAGACGAGUGUAUGAGAAAGUAAAGAAGACACCGAUGUGAUAGAAAUAUUUUAUAUGCGAUAAAUUUGGUGGAUAAAUGGUUUUAAUGCAUGCUCUCUA